AUGCAAGAAUUGCAGAUAGAUGUGGAUAACAAUAUUUGUCUUAAUACUAGUAGGAAAAGUGGUUUAAAAGCACAAGAAGGGGAAACCUUGAGCUCUAACAAUAAUUUGAUGUAUAUUCCACCAUAUAGGCUAGAAAAAAAAAGUUUGGAAGAUUUAGUGGUUAAUUCUCAUGAAUAUCAAAAAUUUAUGUGGCAUAAAUUAUAUAAAAGCAUAAAUGGCAUAAUAAAUAAGCUGAAUACAAGCAAUAUAGAGUCAAUGCUGAAAGAUAUAUUCAAGUUAAAUAUUGUAAGAGGCCGAGGUCUACUUGUUCGUUGUAUAGUUCGUUCUCAACUAGCAAGUUCACAUUUCACAGCAGUUUAUAGUAGUUUUUGUGCUGUUUUGAAUAGUUAUAUUCCAGAUAUUGGGUCACUAUUACUUCACCUUUUGGUACAACAGUUUCGUGAAUCUUAUAGUGGAAAUGACAAGUUAGUUUGUAUAGGGACACUUAAAUUUUUGGCUCAUUUAGUAAAUCAAAAGGUGUUUCAUGAACUGAUUGCUUUAGAGAUCUGUUCGAUACUACUCGAGAAAGCAACUGAAGACUCAAUAGAAACCUGUAUUAAUUUUGUUUUAGAGUGUGGUCAAACAUUACUUGAUAUAUGCCCUAAAGGACUUGACACUAUAAUGAGUAGAUUUAGAGUAUUAUUUUGCGAUAAAAAAAUUCACAAAAGGAUUAAAUACAUAAUAGAGAAGCUGUUUAAGGAAAGACGUAUACAUUUCAAAAAUUAUCCAGCAGUAUCUGAUGAUUUGGAUCUAGUUGAAGAGGAUGAUCAAGUUACACAUUUGAUUGAUUUAUUAGAGGAUGAGAUAAAUAUACAGGAAAAUCUCAAUAUAUUUGUCCCAGUAGAUCCAGAUAUGUUUGCAGAAGAAGAAAGAAAGUGGGCAGAGCUAAAAUUAGAUAUAUUAGGGUCUGAGGAAAAAGACGAACAUCAGGAUAGUAAAACUGAAGAAAAAUUGGAAGCUUCUGGGAAUAGAGGAAGUAAUAAAUUUGUAAAUAUUGUGGAUUAUAGUGAACAAGAACUAGUAAUUUUGAGAAAGAAUAUCUAUCUUUGCAUAAUGAAUAGCUUAGGCUUUGAGGAAUGUGUUCAUAGACUACUAAAAUUAAAUAUUAGACCAGGUGGUAAGAUGGAAGUUUGUAUUAUGUUAGUUGACUGCUGCUCUAUGGAGAGAACUUAUCAGAGAUUUUUUGCUUUGGUAGGUGAGAGAUUAUGCAAGGUUAAAAAAGAGUACGAAGAAGCUUUUGCAGAGUUAUUUGGACAGCAGUAUGACACAGUUCAUCGUUUGGAAACAAAUAAAUUACGACAUGUUUCAAAGUUUUUUGCAUAUUUACUGAGUGCUGAUGCAAUUCCUUGGCAGGUUCUGAGCUGUAUCACUCUUUCUGAAAGUGAUACAACAUCCUCUUCUCGUAUAUUUAUUAAAAUUCUUUUUCAGGAGCUCUGUGAACAUAUGGGACUUGAUUCUUUAGAUGCAAAGUUGAAACUUCCUUCAGUGUCUCCAUAUACUGAAGGAAUCUUUCCAAAUGACUAUAAUAUUAGCAAUAUAAGAUUUUCUAUAAAUUUCUUUACUGCUAUAGGGCUUGCAGCUUUAACUCAUGACCUUCGUGUCCUUCUUAAAGAAUAUGAGGAGUCUCAGGCUAUAAAGAUCAAUGAACUAGAUGAUGAUGAGAACUGUAGUAAUAAUGAUCUUUAUCAGUAUAACAAAGAAGAAGAAGAGGAAGAGUUUGAUAGUAAUGUUGAGCAAAAAGCUAAAGAUAUAGAAACUGUAGGUAUUAAGGAUUUAGAUAGUCACUCUGGCUAUACAAGAAAUUAUAAUUCAGACUUAAAAAAGUCAGGGAUUCCUUGUAAAAUUAGUUUGGAACACAAAGAAUAUGGUUCUUUCGAAGAUAACUUAUAUUUACCUAGGUAUAGCCAUUCUCUACGUAAUUUACCCAAUAAAAAAAGUAGCAGAGCAUCUAGCCCACUAUACCAGCAAAUGGAACACGAUAAAUUUAAAAAGAAGAGAUAUAAGAAUUUUGAAAAGAAGCUAACCAGAGUAAAUAGAGACAUAGAUACUAGUACAUCAUGCUAUAGAAUGUCUUCUAGCUCUCCUAGAGAAAAGUUUCGGGAACACAAAAGAAGCAGAUACAGAAGUUUAUCUAGAGAGUUUAGUACGUAA